AGUACAGUUAAAUAUAUAGUGCAGUAUAGCAGCAUAUCACUAAAAUGGCCGAGCAGCAUUAUAAUGCAAAUGAUUUGGCUUCCGAUCCAAAUUCGCGUAAAUUGAAGUUUGCCGGCAUUUGCAAACUAAAUAAUAACGAGCUGUCGAGUCUCUACAAUAUCGACAAGUUGACCGACGAGGAGCUGGCGUCCGUGAAUCUGGAUAGGAGCUCCCUGAUCGAUGACUAUCGUCUACUGCACGAGGUGUCGCAGAUGAAGCAAAUAGAGAAUGAAGCAAAUAAUAUCCCUGCUGCUGCUCCAGCAGGACAACCAAAAUCCAAGGAGUUGCAUGAGCAAUUCGUAAAAGAGAUGGAGAAGUACCUUACCAAUAAGAAGUACACAUUUCCGAUGCUCAACCAUUUGAUCAAGUUAAUGAGUUGGGAAGUGGAGCCGGAGACCAUUUUCAACGAAAAGGCGUUUCAGAUUGAUGUCAAUUACCAUGAGGACGAGGAGGUAAUGCAGCUGGAGCCCAAUGAGCGUCUGUUUCGUCGCCUCAAGUCCAUCUACGAUCAUCUGGAGGACAUGUUCAUCAACGGCAAUCGCAGAACGGCCUCCGACCUGGUCUUCACCGCAAUUAUCCGUUUGGUCGACCGCUCUAAUGUGGCAAAAUAUAAAAUCAUAUAAUACAGCAAUGCUAUAAGAAUGCUGAAGUUUCUUACAGCUAAUAAAAAAAAUAUGUAAUUAUCC